AAAACACAUGUCAAUAAAAUAGUAGAUUGCCAGGAGCAUAAAAGCAAAACAGGUUGUUGAAAAUUAACCUUUCUUGGAGAUCAGGUUCCGUAUUACACUAUUUGUUCAGCGGUGGUGAAAAAUGGGAGUGUUUUACUUCUUCAAACAAUAGAACAUGAGUGUCAAUAAUCUCGAAAGUCGUCUUCAGUUCAAGAUGCCCUAAUGUGAAUAUAUAUUCACUGAAAAAAUGUGCAGUUAUGUGGAAAACCAGAUCUGUGAACACCUUUCUCAAUAUCUGUAUAAUUAUUGGUCUGAUAACAUUGUUCUAUUAUGCAUUUUCAACAGAAGACAGCAAUAAUCACCAAAGACACAUGAGAAAAAUUCCAAGAAGACAAAUAGGAAAUCUAAAAUUCACCUCUUCCUCACCAAAAAACACUAAGGAGUACAACGUCUGGUUGAUUUUCACUAAAGUGACAAAUGCUUCCACACUCAUUUAUAAAUUCCGAGAUCUUGUACACAACCUGUUGAAUGUCAGCUCUGUACCACUUAAAUUCAAUAUUAUAGUCGACAGGGUUUCUCAAGGAAUUGCAGAAAAUCAAAUUGCCGAUGUGGUGUACGGAAAUAAGACUAUUGUAUAUUCCUUCUAUGACAUCGAAGAAAGUGCUAAAAAAAUACAAGAUAUUGUUGAAGUUAUGACACCCCAUUUCAGUUCAAAACCAGGUACUUACUACAGCGAUGCCUUAUUUUACAUUUCUUUGGGAUUGUAUAGAAUUGCACCAUUGAAUCAAAACAUAGCAAUAUUACUUGAUUGUGAUCUGUAUUUUAAAAAAGAUAUAGGUCUGUUGUUCAACGAAUUUGAUGAGUAA